AGAAAUGGAAGCCCAAGCUGUGCUCCCUGGACGAGAUCUUCAAGGGCGUGAUGCUGGUGCUGGAGGCGGCCAUCUCCGAGCCGCGGACGCAGGUGUGCGGCGUGCAGGUCAUCCUGGACAUGGACGGUCUCGCCCUCACGCACGUGUGGCAGUUCACUCCGGGCUUCGCCAAGGCCGUCGUGGAGUGGGUGCAGGAUUGCAUCCCAGUUCGACUGAAGGGUGUUCACAUUAUUAAUCAGCCCUACGUGUUCAAUAUGGUGUUUGCCAUCUUUAAACCACUGCUCAACGCCAAGUUACGAAAUAGGAUUCAUUUCCAUGGCACUGACCGGCAGUCCCUUCUCAAUCAUGUAGAUGCAAAAUGCUUGCCCAAGACCUAUGGUGGGGAAGUGAAUAUUCCAGAGUUUCCUGGAGGAAAGCUAUGUGAUCUCCUUUCCAAUUAUGAUUCCCACUAUGAGAUGCGGAAUCAAAAUGGCUACAGCAAGAAGACUUAGGUGAUGAGAAGAAAUAUUUUUUUACUUUGAUACAUUGGUAACAUCAUUUUAAAGCGCUAUUGCCCUUGGAGCAGCAGAAUGUAGCGGGGUACUAUGACGCCAAUGUCUUUUAAGCUAGUUACAAAUCAUUUCUGCACGUGAAGUUAAGUCA